UUCGCGUGAUAGAGAGUGUAACGGAAUAGUGAAAUCUAUUUGUAUUAUUUAUAUUUGUGUACCUACAUUGCCGGACACUAAGACGUCGAUCCAGCCCGCAAUGGAAAUAGCAUUUCGUCGUAGUUUUUUAAAAGUUUUGAGGGCGACGAAAGCGUUUUUAGACACAUUGACCGAGGCGGGUGCAGUGUGCGUGUCCCGAGCGACAGCGAUCAAAUUCCUGCUCGCGCGCAAGUUCGAUGUGGACCGAGCGUUCGCGCUCUGGCGGCAACACGAGGCCACACGUCGCCGCGAAGGGCUUAGCAAGUUUGCACCGUUCGAGGAUCCGCUCAAGGCAGAACUUGAAACUGGAAAGUUUACUAUAUUGCCAACACGCGAUGCGACCGGAGCAGCUAUUGCGGUUUUCACGGCGAAUAAACAUUUCCCCACACAGACAACGCAUCAAACGACGUUGCAGGGCGUGGUAUACCAGUUGGAUGUGGCCCUCCAGUCACUGGAGACUCAGCGAGCUGGUCUCGUCUUCAUUUAUGACAUGACAGAUUCAAAAUAUACAAACUUCGAUUAUGAGUUGUCGCGGAAAAUACUCACCAUGCUUAAGGGUGGCUACCCGGCCAAGCUGAAAAAGGUGCUAAUAGUGACGGCGCCGCUGUGGUUCAAGGCGCCGUUCGGUAUCCUCCGGCUGUUCGUGCGUGAAAAGCUGCGUGAGCGCGUGCACACGGUGAGCGCGCCGCAGCUAGGCGUGCACGUGCCGCGCGCCAGCCUUCCUAAGCAGCUCGGUGGCCAGCUGGAGCCCGAUCACGCCGCCUGGUUGGAUCACUGUAAAAAUUGCUAUACAAAUAAUCUCCAGAAUUCAAAGUUGGACGGCGGCACCAUUGACGAAUAUGUAAUCAGCAAUCACAUACCAGUGGUCAAACCACAAAAUGGUAUAAUAGAGCACGAAGUCGGAUGUGACAUGACAAGUGACCGCGCGGCUCGGCUCGGUGACAACGGCACAGACAUGCACAUCAGUGGCGACCCGCCGUACACCUGCGACCCCAGCCCUCUCAGGCACACACACGGGUUCAAUGGUGAUUUGAAGGGCAGGCAUAUAAAUUCAGGAGAUGAAGACGACUUAGACUUAAGCAGUCGCGGCGCGUGGUCGUCGGGCGAGGGCUCACCGACGCUGUCGGACGAGGAGGGCGCGGCGGGCGGCGGCGAGAGCGCGGGCGCGCUGGCGGCCCGCGUGCGCGCGCUCGGCCGCCGCGGCCUGCACGCGCACUACGACGACAUCCGCGCGCGCGCGCCCGCCGGCACCUUCCACCACGCCAAAUUGCCGAGUAAUCUAGCCAAGAACCGUUACACGGACGUGUUAUGCUACGACCACUCGAGGGUGAUACUCUCGCAGUCAGACCCCGACGACCCCACUACGGACUAUAUUAACGCCAACUACGUUGACGGGUACAAACAAAAAAAUGCCUUCAUAUGUACACAAGGUCCGCUGCCGAAGACGUUCGGCGACUUCUGGCGCAUGGUGUGGGAGCAGGGCACGCUGGUGGUGGUGAUGACGACGCGCACGGUGGAGCGCGGCCGCGUCAAGUGCGGCCAGUACUGGCCGCUCGCCGCCGGCGGCCGCGUGCAGCACGGACACCUCGCCGUCACCACCGAGGCCGUCGACCACCAGGACGACUACAUCGUCUCGCACCUGCUGCUCACCGACGUCAGGACGGAGCAGAGCCGGCGCGUGUGGCACGGCCAGUACACGCGCUGGCCGGACUACGGCGUGCCCGGCGCCGGCGCCGCGCCCGUGCUGCGCUUCCUGCAGCUCGUGCGCCGCGCGCAGCACGCCGCGCUCGCCGACCUAGGAGACGCGUGGGCGGGUCACAGUAGAGGUCCACCGAUCGUUGUUCAUUGUUCAGCCGGAAUAGGGAGAACUGGCACGUUCCUGACGCUGGACAUCUGCGCGCUGCGGCUGGCGCACGAGGGCGUGGUGGACGUGCGCGGCACGGUGGAGCGCGUGCGGGCGCAGCGCGCGCACUCCAUACAGAUGCCCGACCAGUACGUCUUCUGCCACCUCGCCAUCCUCGAGUACGCGGUGAUGCAGGGCUACUUAGAGUCGGUAGACCUGUCGGGAUUCGAUGAAGACAACGACGACGAGUCGGAAUGAAGACUGUCGCGGCCGUUCUGCGUCUUCCUGUGAGACGCGAGCCCGCGAGCUUGCGACCUGCCAGCCUGCCGCCCGCCGCCCGCCGCCGCCCCCGCCGCUGUACGUGCAGUGAGCGAGUGACGAGUCAUAGCCACAGUGAAAACAAACCACCAAUACAAACCCGUGUCAUAUUGGAUCUCAGUUCUACAGACCAAAGAUCGCGCGCAUCGUACAGUGUUACCGUUCCACGUUCGGCCCGCCAUGGUAUUGCACAAGCGAGAGAUGUGUUCAUUAGAAUAGUGUAAGUGAGGGACAGUGUCGUGGCUACUGGGAGCCUUAUCGCAUCACUCAUCACACGAUUACAAAUAUUGUAACAUUGCAUGUCUGCGAUUGAAUGUCUGUCGAAUCGGACCCCGCCCGUAGUGUAAGCCCUAGUGAAAUCAUCAAAUGUUCCUGUAGCAUGAAUAAGAACUGGACGAUUCGGAACCGAUUUUGGAAGGCGACCUCAUUAAUUCAAGUAUUUUUUUUUUCUUUUCAUAUUUAAAAAAAUUCUUUGCAACCAAAUAUAUUUUCCGUAAUUACUUAGGAAUUAUUUAUGUAAGAAGUAUGGCUGUGUGAAGUUAUUCGUCGGUAAUUUAUGUAGUUAUGUAUGUUUACAUUUUAUUUCAAUGAAAUUGUAUGCCUCUAAUAAUAUAAGUGUGGUAAUUUUAUAGUAAUAUUUUUAUCACUAACAAAAUUUCACGAAUUUGAUACUAUUUUAUAUGUUGAGGUGCUGGUAUGAUAUUUUAUAUUGUGUAAAGGUAAUUCAUCACACAACUCUUAUUCAUUGUUCACUUGCAAAUCAUCAUAAUAUGGUGUGUGCAUUUAUUAAGAUUGCUAAUGUUCAUCAGUAUUAUAUGCACUGAAACAUCUAGAUAUUGUUACAAAUAUCAUACGGAUAAUUUUUAUAUCGAUAGACUGAGUAAUUGUAUAAUGCUCCAAAAUUAUACUAGUGGCUCGCAAUUAUGAACAUUAUGACUGAAUCCUUUAUUUAUAUUUAAUUAAUGACCAUGAGCACUAAUAAAUUAACGCAUGUAAUUAAUACAAAUGUAAAAUAUUUAAUAGUGAAAUGGAUUUAUAGCAAAAGGACUAUUUAUUUUUCAAUAUAAUAUAUGUUGCUACAUAUCUUUUAGAUCAACAAACAUAGUAUGAUGAAUCGCCGUCCUUUCACGCAGUAUACAUAUCGCCGUAUAUCCGAAGUAUUUCAUUCCUGUGCUCUGUACAAAGCAAUACACGCACGAACCACAAACAUACUGGCAUUCGUCUGGGGCCCUCUUAGUUCUACACUGAUGUGCAAAAAUCAGUGUUGACCUGUUCCCAUAGUUUCGAUCAAAAAUUUGCUUUUUUCUACAAUGAUGUAGAACAAAGCGGGUUACGUUCUCUUUUCUAGGUGUUGCGCACCUCUCGCAGUCCCGGGUUAAGACGGGCCCGCCUCUCUUACUGCACCGGUUCUGUUAUUUUCGUUAAAACAGUCAAAUGAUAGAUCAAUUUUGCAGCUGUUCACAUUUAAAUUGAUCUAAUAAAAUAUAUAAACUUUGAAUUUUCAUCGGGUUUCUCGAUUUCUUUAUCGUGCAAAAAAUAAUGCGGCAGCUGGGUUUUCAGUGAAACAAUUGGGCCGGUGCAGUGGAAACGGAAUCUCAUGCUUACGAUUGGCAAGAUUUUUGGAGCGUUUCUAGUAAUACAAGUCCUGAUUCAGAUUAAAAUGCUUUCAGUCCUAAAAUAUAGUUUAUCCGCAAUUCGUAUUUUCUUACACUAGUGCUCUAGCGCUCAUCAUGCUGUGGUCCGCUACAAGUGUUGUGUAUACGGCAAUGGACUGAAUAUAAAUCUGGACACGGCUAAACUAGCAUAUUUUCUUAUAUAGUAUAUAAUAUUAAGAAAAUUGUUAAUCAGAAAUAACUGUUGAUUCUGUAUGUGUAAAUAUUUAAUUUUUUUUUGUUAAAUCUAAAUUAAACCUCUUGUGAAAUAUUGUGUGAAAUAAUAAAAAAAAAAAUGUAAUAUAUUUA